AUGCACACGCUGAGUGCCACCACGUACCGGCCAUUUAUAAACGCCACGGACCUGUUGUACAACGGCACGCUAGUCAACGAGCGCAUCGCCUGCAUGGGCGUCGAUUUUGCGCGCGACCAUAUUAUGAAUUAUCAUCCGACGACCAAGGCGUUCUUCGAGAAGGCACUCGAGCGCGAUGCGAAGCCCUGGGAUGUUUACGGCGACCAACUGGUGCAAGCCACGGCAACACAACAGGCGGGGCGGCUUCUAUCAGGCGGCCGGGUAGCCUGGGUAGUGUCGGUGCGGGCAUUGGCGACGCAGGCGGACCCAGUCGCGCUCAACGCCAAACUGCGCAUCCCGGCAACGUGCUUGACCUGUGUGUCAUGA